AAAAAUGUGUGAAGAGUGUUUAAUUAAUUAAGUUAAGUGUCAAUCAAUGCAUAUUCUUCGGUUCGGGGUCAGCAGCGUUCAGUAGUAGUAGCGGCAGGUUAUUGUGGAACGAUACAAACGCCAGCGCCAUGCUGAUAGACAACCAAUCGGUUCACCCAAGACGACCAAGUGCCAAAAACGACAUCCGAGCGUGAACGAAACGACAUCAGAACCAGAGCCAAAGCCAGGACUAAAGACAGAGAGACAGCAAAUUGCAUUUAAACUGCCAACCCACUCCAAACUACUCCAAUCAUCCAUCAAUCAUGGGAAACAAGAACUCGUGCUGUGCGUACUCCAGUCCGCAGUCGGACCGCAAGUCCAAGGACAUGCCGCCAGUGUUUGAGGAGCGCCACCAGCUGAAUCAUCCGCCACACACCUCGCAGCACCAGCUGGACGGACAUCAUCAUCAUGGCUCCACGGCGGCCGUGCACCAUCAUCAUCAUCACCACCAGCAGGGCAGCAGCGACAAUUUCGAGAAUCAACAGAAUCUGCAGCACAUCUCGGAGCGAGAAGCUUUGGAGGGUGGCGAUGAGGAUCCAUCGGUGGAUCCCUCGGCAGCCACCAUGUUCCUCGAACGCUCGAAGGUGGAGAAUGGCGGCAUGACGCGGAAGCGCUCUCAGCAGCAGAUUGCCCAACAGGCUGGCAGCAUUGGAGGCGGUGGCAGCACACCCGGUGGCAACAGCUGCGGCGGUGUUGGCGGUGGCAUGAAGAAGAGCUCUUCCUGCUCUACAAUCUACCUGGACGACAGCACUGUUUCGCAGCCAAAUCUCAAGAACACCGUCAAGUGCGUCUCGCUGGCGAUUUACUAUCACAUCAAGAACCGUCAGUCGGAUCGGCGGCUGGACAUAUUCGACGAGAAGAUGCAUCCGCUGACGCAUGACCCAGUGCCCGAGAACUAUGACACUCACAAUCCCGAGCACCGCCAGAUCUACAAGUUUGUGCGGACGCUCUUCAAUGCCGCCCAACUGACGGCGGAGUGUGCAAUCAUCACGCUAGUCUACCUAGAGCGACUCCUCACCUACGCGGAGAUGGAUGUUGGGCCAUCCAACUGGAAGCGCAUGGUGUUGGGUGCCAUACUGCUCGCCUCUAAGGUGUGGGACGAUCAGGCUGUUUGGAAUGUGGACUACUGCCAGAUACUCAAAGACAUUACGGUGGAGGACAUGAACGAGCUGGAGCGACAGUUUCUGGAGCUGCUGCAGUUCAACAUCAAUGUGCCCUCCUCUGUGUAUGCUAAAUACUAUUUCGAUUUGCGGACACUGGCCGAGGCAAAUGAGCUCAACUUUCCCACAGAGCCGCUGUCGAAGGAGCGCGCCCAGAAGCUGGAGGCCAUGUCGCGGGUGAUGCAGGACAAAGUCACAGCCGAGGCUCUCAAGAAUGGCAUCAAGAAGUGGUCCUCCAUGGACAACAUCAGUCAGGGCGGUCCGCGUCGCAGCGUGGCCAUAUUAUCGUGAUUUAUAUUAGCUUACUAAAAACAAGAAGAGAUCUGUAUUCUGUAGUCCGUAGUGUGUCCGAUCGAGCAGAAUUGCGAGUUUUUCUUUUUGUACUUGAGAACUUCAGUGAUUCAUUUUGUACUUCAUUUCGUUUGAAUAGCAAUAGCACCCAGCAAGACACACAAAAAAUACAUAAAAUAUAUAUAUAUAUAUAUAUACAUAUAUGUAUAUAUACAUACAAACGUUUUAGCCACACGUCUCGAAUUAAGGACCACUUUUUAUAUAUACAUUCGAGCAGUGUAUAUUCUUGUAAGCGAAACUACCGAUUGCAGUCAAGGAUUUGGAUGAUUUUAACAGAAUAUAACCUACUAGAACUACAGCAAAACUUUGAGAAGCGAAGCGCGUAACCAAUUGCCAAAACGAAACGAAAAGAAAAACAAAACGAAAACGAAAACCACAAGAAAUAGAAAAUUCUUUGUAAAAACAAAACAGCUUAAAUAUUGUAAUUGAUUCAGACAGCCCUAUGGCAUCUGGCAGCAAGUUAAUCUCAAGACUAGAUCUAGAUCUAGACUAGAUCGUGAAACUAUAUUUUUUUACAUCACUUACAUUAUUUCCCUGUACAUUUGUUACGAAUUUAAUUUGUUUCCCCGCAUUUUCACUUGAUAUAGUUUUGUGUGAUUUCUUAUAGUUUACAUUUAGAUUUAUACGAUGCGAGAUAUAUAGCUUCCCCCGAUCAGGCUUAAGGCACAAAUUGAUAAAUAUGUUUUUUUAUGGUUUAUAGCAUUAGAAAACAAAGAAAAUUUGAUAAGAAAGCACAGCGCAGCGCAAUAUUAAUCCAAAAGAUUUGUGAGUAAAUUUAUGUACUAGACUAGACAUUUAAGGAUACGUGCGUGUGUUUCCAGCAACAUUUUAUAAGUCAACCCAAUUAUUAAAAUGGUUGAUCUAACGAUAAAA